UGUAUUGAGGGAACCCACUCGGAAAUCCUGUGUUUAGUGACAUUCAACAAUCUUUGGAAGGGACACGGUUUGAAUUAGACACCCAUCUUGUACACCUAAUAAUGAUGUACUACUUACUUUUUAUUGACUACUGAAGAUUUACCAAUCUUUUCCACGAAGAUACGUCAAAUUAGUUAUAUUUUUUUUAACGCUCAUUUGAUACGAGAAAGAUUACAUACACAAUUCGGUUACUGACAAUAUUACAUGAUUUAUGAAGACUUACGCUUAAAUGUAUCAACUGAGUUAUUCUAUGAAGAUCUACGUCUGACCAGAUUUAUUUGCACCAUGUUGAAUAUCACUUAUAAGCUUUUCUUCCGUAGUAUGCAUAAUUGUUUAAUAAACUGCUCUCUCCAUAACUUGAAAUCUGAAUUUUCUAUAAUCUGCAAUAAAUUGCAUAGGGUAUGAUUCGAAUCCUAGGCCUGGACCAAAUUAAUUAGUUAAUAAUGUGAAAUACGGAUGCUCAAUAGAGUCAAAUGUCAAUAUUCUCAACCUCUCUUACCACCACUUGUGGUUUGUAAAACAAGAUAAUGAUAAUUAACCAAUUGAGAAACAAAUUAAAAAUUAAAAAGCAAUGUUCCUAGACUUUUAGGGAAGAUCUUAUACGAUUGCUAACUUCUUAUCAAUGUCUGCCAGAACUCCAUCAUAUAUCUGAAUUAUAAACUUAAUAGGAUUAUUUAGCCAGCUACCAAAAAGAAAAACUUAAUAAUUCUUUGGCAAUUUAAAAAAAAAAACAUAUUUAGCAAUUUCGUAUUUCUAAGUUUUUAAAGCUAACCAAUAAGGAUUUCCAUUUGGCAAAAGAAAAAAGGAGGAAAAAGUCAGCUUCACAACACCUUUAGUUAACGAUUUCGUACGUUUGGUCUUUUUCUAAAUGCAUUUACACUUAUCACCUACAACUUUGAAGUUCGAACUAUUCUACUUCUGUAGUGUUCUUAAAUAUAUUAAAAUAAAGUAUUGAUCCCGGUAAUAUUUCAUUCACCAGACCCACAGGGCUACAAAAAGAAAAUAUUCAAUUUUUUCGGUUUGUUCUUUUACAAAAAUAUACUACUAUCUUAUGAAGACUCACCAACUCUUGACCAUGGUUAGGUGAAACACGGCAAAGUCAUAACCUCAAAACCGUCAUUUGUUUUGAAGUCACUCUAUAAAUAAAUCACAAAGUCUCCCUGUAACGACACAUUAUAACCCAUACCAUUCUCUAACCUUCUUAGCCAUCGAUCUUUUGCUUUAGCAACAGAAAAAAUGCCAGCCGACGGGAAACUCGUCUGCGUCACCGGAGCCGGCGGCUACAUAGCUUCUUGGAUCGUUAAGUUGCUUUUGGAGAGAGGCUACACCGUACGAGGAACCGUACGGAACCCAGCUGAUCCCAAGAACAACCAUCUCAGAGAGCUUCAAGGAGCAAAAGAAAGACUCACUCUUCACAGUGCUGAUCUUCUCGACUAUGAAGCUCUAUGCGCCACGAUCGAUGGAUGUGAUGGCGUUUUCCACACCGCUUCUCCAAUGACCGAUGACCCCGAGACAAUGUUGGAGCCGGCGGUGAACGGAGCCAAGUUCGUGAUCGACGCAGCGGCUAAAGCCAAGGUCAAGCGUGUUGUGUUUACGUCAUCGAUCGGUGCGGUUUACAUGAACCCUAACCGUGACCAUCAAACCAUAGUCGACGAAAAUUGUUGGAGUGAUCUUGAUUUCUGCAAGAACACAAAGAAUUGGUAUUGCUACGGGAAGAUGGUGGCGGAACAAUCAGCAUGGGAGACGGCGAAGGUCAAAGGUGUGGACUUAGUGGUGCUAAAUCCUGUUUUAGUUCUUGGACCACCGCUCCAGUCAGCGGUCAACGCUAGUCUAGUCCAUAUCCUCAAGUACCUCACCGGCUCAGCCAAGACCUACGCUAAUCUGACUCAGGUGUACGUGGACGUCCGUGACGUUGCACUAGGCCAUGUUAUGGUCUACGAAUCACCUUCCGCCUCAGGCCGUUACAUCCUCGCCGAGACGGCGCUUCACCGUGGGGAGGUUGUUGAGAUUCUUGCUAAAUUCUUCCCGGAGUAUCCGCUUCCUACCAAGUGUUCAGACGAGAAGAAUCCGAGGGCAAAGCCUUACAAGUUCACUACUCAAAAGAUAAAAGACUUAGGGUUGGAGUUUAAACCCAUCAAGCAAUCUCUCUACGAAUCUGUCAAGAGCUUGCAAGAGAAAGGGCAUCUUCCUCUUCCUCAAGAUUCGAACCAAAACGUCAUAAUCGAAUCCUAGAACAGGAAACGGCCAUACACUCUGACCAUACACCCACAUAAAAAAGCUUUAUUCUAAAGUAAUACGUUUGAUUCAACAAAGUUAUUUGUUUAAUCCUAAUCACACAUAAAUAUAUAGCUGAUUGCUAUUUUUGUAAUCUAUAAUAUGCAUCACUCAUAGUGUAUGAUAUGAUAACGCAAUAAUUCUAUUAUCCGAUGUUAUUGUAACAUUGUUCAUUAUAUAAACCUACGAGAA